CACCAAGUCGAUCAAGACGGUAGAGAGUGAAACUAACGACCGGCGGGGGAGCGCACUGGGCAGGCUGGGCAAUGUGAGGACCUGGGCGCUUAAAUCUUUCAUCUGAAGAAUGGCCGCUUUGGCGAUUACAGGAUUGGCGUAUCCCCAGUAGUCCCAAACAAAUUUCCAAGUAAAGUGUUGUUUGUACCGGUCAAGAAGAAUUAAGGCUUACUGAUCUCCGCUGCCGGUUUCUGCCGCGCACAGUCACAGCACCAGGACCAGCGGUGGAGUCGGUGCGCUCUAGCAGAAAGCGUCCAACCCCUUCAUCUCUCGGCUCAGUCAACAGUCUGUACUCCUCUCCAUGCCUCCAACCUUCAACUGUAGGCUCUCUUCUGCGGGGUCUCUUGCAAUGGAGCCGCUGUAAUUUAUCCCUUCUUUCCCCCCUGUUUUAAUUUCUACAAAAGAAAACGCACCAGUCGCUCCAUCUCUAAGUUUUCGUGUAUGUGUGUCGCACUGGAGAGGAGGGAGCAAUGGCAGUCCCGGUGAAAACAGCGCUGGCUCUCCUGGUUCUCACCGUGGCAACUGCCUUGUGUGCGGAGGUGGAAGAAAGGCUAGUGAGUCACCUGUUGUCAUCAGAGCGUUACAACAAGCUGAUCAGACCAGCUGUUAAUAACAGCCAGCAAGUCACUGUUUACAUCCAGGUGUCUCUGGCACAGCUGAUCAAUGUGAAUGAGAGGGAACAGAUCAUGACCACCAACUGUUGGCUCACACAGGGAUGGAAUGAUUACAGAUUAAUGUGGGAUCCAGAUGAAUAUGAGGGAAUAAAGAAAAUUCGACUUCCUUCACAACACAUCUGGCUGCCAGACAUCGUCCUCUAUAACAAUGCUGAUGGGACCUAUGAAGUCUCCUUCUACUCAAAUGCUGUAGUCUCCAACAAUGGUGAGGUAGCCUGGCUCCCACCAGCAAUCUACAAGUCAGCCUGCAAAAUAGAAGUCCGUGAUUUCCCCUUUGACCAACAGAACUGUACCCUCAAGUUUCGUUCUUGGACCUAUGAUCACACAGAGAUUGAUCUAAUCCUUCUCAGUGAUUAUGCCUCACGUGAUGACUUCAAACCCAGUGGUGAAUGGGAUAUUGUUUCAUUGCCUGGGCGCAAGAAUGAAGACCCCAAUGAUAUCAGAUACCUGGAUAUUACUUAUGACUUUAUUAUCAAGAGAAAGCCUCUGUUCUACACUAUCAACCUGAUAAUUCCCUGUAUUCUCAUCACAUCGCUGGCUAUUCUGGUGUUCUACCUCCCAUCAGACUGUGGUGAGAAGAUGACUCUAUGCAUUUCUGUUCUCCUGGCCCUGACUGUGUUUUUACUCCUUAUCUCAAAGAUAGUACCACCCACAUCUUUAGCAGUGCCUCUAAUUGGAAAGUACCUAAUGUUUACCAUGGUGCUGGUCACUUUCUCUAUUGUCACAAGUGUUUGUGUGCUCAACGUGCACCAUCGGUCUCCUAGUACACACACCAUGCCACCAUGGGUUAAACGUGUCUUCCUGUACCGGCUCCCUUCUUUCCUCUUCAUGAGACGACCUGGCAGUUCCAACAUUCGUGAAAGAUUCAGGAAAAAACACCAGAAGCAAAAGUAUUCGGACCAGAGGUUGUGUGGAGCAGAGGGUGGCACUGGGAGUCCAUCAGGAGUGGCAGAUUGCUCUUCGUCCUUCUAUGUCAAUGAAGAGUCAGCCAAACGGUACGGCUGGAGGAUCAGUGACAUGUCAGAGAACACAGAGUUUAGGAGGAGGAUGACUCUGAAGAGCAAUAUUAAUGUGGAGGAUGCGGUGGAUGGAGUGCGGUACAUUGCAGAGAAGAUGAAGAGUGAGGACGAUGAUGAGGGGAUCAUUGAAGACUGGAAAUAUGUGGCGAUGGUGAUUGAUCGUCUCUUUCUGUGGAUCUUUGUGUUUGUGUGUGUGGUUGGCACAAUGGGGCUCUUCAUGCAGCCAUUGUUCCAGAGUUACAACACCCCCAUUGUUGAUGACACGGAGCAUGACUGAAACCUGAAUCCUGAACAUUGGCUAUGACUUGACUCAAAAAUAAACUUUUAUCCC